AUGUCAUUCAUCCCAAAGCACCUAAUGUUGCGAUACUCUACUGUAGGGAUACAGCAGUCUAUAGUAGCACGACAACUGCCUGUACAAUCUGUACUCGUCAAGUCUCAUCAUCGAAGUUUUGCAGCUGAACCAAUGAAGGGAAAGACUGCAAAGAUUGGUAGUAGAACCAAACAAGCCGAUGAAAAGAGCGCCAUCGCACUCGCACCAUUCAAACCAUCAGAAGGCGGCCGGACACUCCCACCCCCAAUACCACACGGCGACUGCCACGACCCCAUCUACCGUCGUCGCAGAGGUGGUGUCCUUCUCCGUCGCAUAAACGCAGACCUAACAUCCCGAUACGACACAGACAACAGAUCAUCCCUCUUCAACCCGCUCUCCCCCUCCACAUAUCUAGCUCCAGGCUCUGUAUUGCUACUAGAAACAAUCCAAUCACGCACAAAGCCAAACAAGACAAUCUUCUCGGGCGUGCUGAUGGAUUCGCGCCGGAAGGGUGUUGGAUCGAGUUUUAGUAUACGGCAGAUUGUGGUUGAUAGUGUGGUGGAGAUGCGGUUGCCAUUGUAUAGUCCGUUGUUGACGAGGAUUAAGGUGUUGAAGAGGGUUGGGAAGGACGCUUGGAAAGGUAUGACGCCAAAGCAGGUGCUGGAGAAAGUUGUUGCGGAUAGUAGUAGUAGUUUGAGGGAGGUUGAUGAGGUUGUUAUGAGGGAGAGGGAGUUUGCUAAGAAGAUGGCUGCUGCUGCUUGA